AUGCAGCGGCCCAAUCUGAGCAAGGAUAGGAUGGAUCCAUCUACAGGCAACCGAGAGAAGAGGAGACGUCUAGGCGACGACGAAGAAAUCAGCUGGAACCGGGAGGCCCCGGGAACGGAAUGCCGUGCGAUCCGGAGUUACGGUAUCACAUCACCGCUGGGCGUGAUGGGAAAGAGAGGGAUGGUCAGUCAAAGAGAGGAGGAUGAUCGAGCGACGCACUGGAAAUUAUAUAGUCCAAAGGUGAGGCUAGCAGGCGGUUGGAGGUGGCAGAUCCCAAUUUGGGGAUAG